AUGCGCUUCACAUCGCUCACCUUUAUCGCCACGGCUCUUCUGACCUACUCAUCCGAGGUCAUCGCACACGGAAUGGGAGCAAAGGCUCCAGGCUCCCUGCGCCCUCGACAGGCACAGCACGUUGAUCCGUAAGUCGUCCGGACUCCGGGGCGAUGAUGGGUUGUUCCUGAGACGCCGCCGCCUGCACGCCUUGGGGUGUCGGGAGGUGACGAUGACAAUCCGUUCCCAUGCGAAAAGGAUCGGAACGGGAACGCCCGGAGUAAGACCUUUGUUUUUUCACAAAGAACGUCCGAUUGACCAGCUCUGGGAUCCCUCUUGAUGGAUUGCAGUCAUUACAGGGCCCGUCAUCUUGCCGCACGCGCCGAUGCUGGCGACGGUGAAGUCUUGUCGGAUGUGCCCGCCUCCGCAACGGCAAUCGUAACGGUCUCCAACACCGCUCCAGCCGCUGCUGGACAAACCGCGGAAGCCAAGGGGUCGAUCCGCUCGGAUGACAACAAGCUGCCCGACUGCUCGUCGGAAAGUGCCCUUGGUGGAUCCUGCGAUCCGACCACGGGGUCUUGCUGGUGAGCUCGGUCGACCGGAUGAUCACCCCGCGUUCUGCUUCGCUGACGCACAGUCGCCUUUAAAUUGGUGAUCUUCUUUAGCGGAACUGGUUUGACCUGUCUCCAAAAGUCGUGCGCUCGUCUCUGCGGGGUAAGAAGUAUCGAGGCAUACUGCGCCAACCAAUCCGAAUGCGACAACUCGCUCGGCUACACCUGCACCAACAACCGCUGCCGACCCCCAUUAACCGCGGCCCGCGUCGACAACGGUGAAGCAUGUGAUCAAGGUGGUGCCAACACCGCUUUCUGGUAAGUGAAACUGCCGCGAUGUGUCGUGAUUCCUCCGUGAAAACUGUCCUAAUCGGUAACCUUGCCACAAUUCCACAUUGCGCAGCAUCCCGGGUCGAGGUGUCUGCAUAGGGGGGACGUGCCAGCCUUGCACAUUGCAUACGUAA